AUGGACCCAAGCGCGGGGGCCGCGGCCGGAGAGGGGCCUCCCGCUCCCCGGCCCCGCCGCCGCCGCUCCCUGCGCCGCCUGUUCGGCCGCUUCCUGCUGGCGCUGGGCAGUCGCUCCCGCCCCGGGGACUCGCCGCCCCGGGCCCGACCCCAGCCCCAGUCAGGACACGGCGAUGGCGACGGGGAGGGGGGCUUUGAGGGCCCGGAUCCCGCCGCGCCCGGAAGCCCCGGGGAGGAGCGCCCGCCCGGACCCCAGCCCCAGCUCCCCGCCGGCGACGGGGCACGGCCCCCGGGAGCGCAGGGCUUGAAGAACCACGGCAACACCUGUUUCAUGAACGCCGUGGUGCAGUGUCUGAGCAACACCGACCUGCUGGCCGAGUUCCUGGCGCUAGGGCGCUACCGGGCGGAGCCCGGCCGCGCCGAGGUCACCGAGCAGCUGGCGGCGCUGGUGCGCGCGCUCUGGACGCGCGAAUACACGCCCCAACUUUCCGCCGAGUUCAAGAAUGCAGUCUCCAAGUACGGCGCUCAGUUCCAAGGCAAUGCCCAGCACGAUGCCCUGGAGUUCCUGCUCUGGUUGUUGGAUCGCGUGCACGAGGACUUGGAGGGUUCCUCCCGAGGGCCGGGGUCCGACAAGCUUCAAUCUGAAGCCAGGAAGGCCUCUGAGAACCUUCUGUCGCCAUCCGCUCCGCUUUCUGUGGGCCAAAGCUUUGUGCAAAGCCACUUCCAAGCACAAUACAGAUCUUCCUUGACCUGUCCUCACUGCCUGAAACAGAGCAACACCUUCGACCCUUUCCUGUGCGUGUCCCUGCCCAUCCCUCUGCGCCAGACAAGAUUCUUGAGUGUCACCUUGGUCUUCCCCUCCAAGAGCCAGUGGUUCUUGCGCGUUGGCCUGGCUGUGCCGAUCCUGAGCACGGUGGCAGCCCUGAGGAAGAUGGUUGCAGAGGAAGGCGGCGUCUCUCCAGAGGAGGUGAUCUUGGUUGAACUGUACCCCAGUGGGCUCCAGCGGUCUUUCUUUGAUGAAGAGGACCUGAAUACUAUUGCAGAAGGAGAUAAUGUCUAUGCCUUCCACGCUCCCCCAUCACCGGGGCAGGAGAUGCUCUCAGCUCGUCCGUCUGGUCUACUGGUCUCCCCGCGCUUGGCAGCCCGUGAGGGUCAGCGAUUAUCCCUGCCCAUCUACAGUGAGACCACGGUGCUAAUCCUCUUCUGUAAUUUGGUGGGCUCGGGGCAGCAGGCCAGCAGGUUUGGGCCUCCUUUCUUGGUAAGGGAAGACAGAGCCAUCUCAUGGAUCCAGCUCCAGCAGUGCAUUCUCAGCAAAGUCCGAUACCUCAUGAAGAGUGAGGUCCCCAUACAGAACCUGGGGUCACUGUUCUCCAUCCGGGUCGUGGGACUCUCCCUGGCCUGCAGCUACUUGUCCCCACAGGACAGUCGGCCCCUCUGUCACUGGGCCGUUGACAGGGCUCUGCAUCUCAGGAGGCCGGGAGGCCCUCCGCACAUCAAACUGGCUGUGGAGUGGGACGUUGAUACCAAGGAGCGCCUGUUUGGGAGCCCCCAGGAGGAGCGGGUGCAGGAUGCGGACAGCGUGAGGCAGCAGCAGCAGGCCCACCAGCAGCACAGCUGCACCCUGGACGAGUGUUUCCAGUUCUACACCAAGGAGGAACAGCUGGCCCAGGACGACGCGUGGCGGUGCCCCCACUGCCAGGCCCUGCAGCAGGGGGUGGUGAAGCUGAGCCUCUGGACCCUGCCCGACAUCCUUAUCAUCCACCUCAAGCGCUUCUGCCAGGUGGGCGAGAGGAGGAACAAGCUCUCCACGCUGGUGAAGUUCCCGCUCGCCGGGCUCGACAUGGCUCCCCACGUGGCCCAGAGGAGCACCAGCCCCAAGGCCAUGCCGGGCGCCUGGCCUCCGUCCUGGAAGCAGCCAGCCUGCCUGCCCACCAGCUACCCGCCAGACUUCCUGUACGACCUCUACGCCGUCUGCAACCACCACGGCAGUUUGCAAGGUGGGCAUUACACAGCCUACUGUCGGAACUCUCUGGACGGCCAGUGGUACAGUUACGAUGACAGCACAGUGGAGCCGCUUCUAGAAGACGAGGUCAGUACACGAGGGGCUUACAUCUUGUUUUAUCAGAAGAGGAACAGCAUCCCUCCGUGGUCAGCCAGCAGCUCCAUGAGAGGUUCCACCAGCUCCUCCUUGUCUGACCACUGGCUCCUCCGGCUCGGGAGCAGUAACGGCAGUACAAGGGGCAGCCUGUUGUCCUGGAGCUCUGCCCCUGGCCCUGCACGGCCCCGGCUGCCCGAGUCUGCCUUCUGCACCAACAGCCUGCCCAGGCAGGAGAAGGGAGGCUUGGAGUCCAGGCCUUUGGCACGGGGCAUCCAAGGCCGCAGCAUCAGCAUGAAGGUGCCUACGCCUUCCCGAGCAAAGCAGGGGGCCUUCAAGACCAUGCCCCUCCGCUGGUCUUUUGGCCCCAGGGAGAAACCGCUGGGCACAUCCGUCGAGCUGGUGGAAUACCUGGAGUCCAGACGGAGACCUCGGUCCACGAGCCAGUCCAUCGUGCAGCUGCUGACGGGUCCUGCUGGCGGUCACCAGAAGUCACACGCCACCCUCUCUGUGGAGAGUGAAGACAGUAGGCGAACCAGCAACACAGUGCUGGCCACAGCGCCCUGCCCCUCUGGCCACUGCGUGGUCCCUGGCAACUCAGAUGGCCCGAAUGCAGCCAGGAAGCUCAAGGAAAACUCAAGUCAGGACAUCAGGCUGCCCAAACAGUUUGACUUGCCCCUCACAGUGAUGUCCUCAACAGAAGAUGAUGGGAGACGAGCCCGGCCUGAGGGCCAAAGGACCACAAGCUGUAAGGGAAGUGGCCUAACCGGGAGCAGUGGCCAAGCACCCUCCCCCAAAGAGGGUCCCAGCGCUGUGACAUUACCUAGAAAGAGUGCAGACAGUCGCUCAAACAGCUCAGGCAAGAUGAGGGCUAAUGGGGAGAGAAGGGACCCCGAGACAGACAGAUUCCCACAAGGGACCCUCACCCUUCUGAGGUCUGUGUUUUGGAAGAAGGAGAUCAGGAAGAGGGACAGGCCAGAGGCAUCCCCCCAGGUGGCCCCCGUCUCCCUGGUGAGCGGCAGGCGGAGCCCGGCUGUGGAUGGGGAGGCCCGAGGCUCGUCUCCAUCCCUCAGGAUUCGAGAGAGCCUGGCCAGGGGCCCAGCCGGCCACCUGGAAAGAGAGAGGGACGUCCGGUCAGCGCCCAGCUCUCUGCUCCUCCCUCGCAAGACUGGCAGGCCCCCGAGGGCCAGCGCCCUUGGCACAUCACAGAGGAGUGUCCCCGGGGAGCAGAUAUCUUUUGGCACCUUGCCGAAGGUGAAGUACCACACGCUGUCCUUACGUCGGAAGAAAUCCUUGCCUGAGUCCAGCUUCUGA